AGUGAUUCAGCAAAAUCGGUUAGGUAAUCUUAAUCAAGAGUGUUUCGUUCUAAGAGUUUUAAGUGUUUUCGUUUUACGCGCGUUUAAUUAAGAAUCCUUUAGCUCCAAUCAGUUUACAUAUAUACAAAACUGACAUCGCUUUCAGUUAUUGCUAAACGAUGAUUGGACACAUCGAACGUAUGGAUGUUUUAAUUGGGAAAGCAACAUGUCGCGAUUUGCUUGAUUAGAUUAGGGAAGAUUUUCGUAUACAUAUUUCUUUCACUUUUGGGUUACCCUUACUGUAUUUUCAACAAUUUACAACAGUUCUUAAGUAUAUAUUUCACAUCAUAAUGUAUCAAUAAUGAAGCAAAUUUACUACAAACAUAUUGCAAAGGAACUUGACAGAAAAGUGUACAUAACCCUCUGACAAUGAAAUGUCCCACUUCUGGAACUAAAUACAUCUUUUUUAUCGAGAAAAAGACACUACAGAAACACGAUUAAAUAAAUAUUAACCGAGUGGUUUACUGUUUUGAUCAAUAUGGGAUUAUUAUUUGCAAAGUUGUGGAGUCUCUUUGGCAAUGAAGAACAUAAAAUAGUUAUGGUAGGGUUAGAUAAUGCUGGUAAAACUACUAUAUUAUACCAGUUCCUAAUGAAUGAAGUUGUUCACACAUCACCAACUAUUGGAUCCAAUGUUGAAGAAGUUGUUUGGAAAAAUAUUCAUUUCAUAAUGUGGGAUUUGGGUGGACAACAAAGCCUGAGAGCUGCAUGGUCCACAUAUUAUACUAAUACUGAGUUUAUUAUUAUGGUUAUAGAUAGUACAGAUAGGGAAAGACUUGGUGUAAUAAGAGAAGAAUUGUACUCAAUGCUAAAUCAUGAAGAAUUAAGCAAAGCCAAUGUCUUAGUUUAUGCUAAUAAACAAGACUUAAAAGGUAGCAUGACAGCUGCUGAAAUUUCUAGACAACUAGAUUUAACUUCCAUUAAGAAACAUCAGUGGCACAUACAAAGUUGUUGUGCACUUACUGGAGAAGGGCUUUAUCAAGGUCUUGAGUGGAUUGUUGGACGUUUAAAAAAGACAUGACGUACAUUAUGAGGAUUGAUUUUAAAUAUAAUAAGAUAUCUAAACUGUAAAGUAUAUGUUCAAUGUAAGUUACUGUGCCACUCUACGAUUGUACAAAUGAUAUAAGAAUGAAUGAUCUUUUUUCAAAUGGUACAUUAGCUUCAUGCAUAACUUAAAGUGUAACUGCAUAUAUUAAUUAACAUUAUUGCUGCAGACACUUAAUAUAUCAAGUGGUGGACGGGUAAAUUUUGUCUCAUCUAUUAAUGUGAUAUAAGAUAUAAUGAUAAAUGAUUACGAUAUAAAACUAAAAUAAUGUUUUAACUAUUCUCUGUGUAAAAUAUAUUUAAAACAUUAUGUUAUAAGAAAAUGGAAAAAUUUAGAAUAUUCAGAGUCUUUUAUAGAAAAUAUUGUUGCAUUAAAAGAAGUAUCUAUAGCAAAAAUUUUUUUAUCUGUGUAUAAGAAAAUAUAUAUAUUAUGAACACUUUACAACAGGACUGCCAAAUUUAAUGUAUGGUCUAUGAGAACAUUCGAUUAUUUAUAGCUAUAAAUGCUAUAUUAAAAUUGCAGUCUGAAAGCUAUAAAAUUUUAUUUUUGAUUCAAUAACAAAUGUAGUGAAAAUAUUGCAUGCGUAUUUGAAGGAUAAAGAAUUUAAUCUUGAUCCCGUCCACCUUUGUUUAUAUAACAAUAAAGAUAGACGAGGUAUUUUUAUUUGUUCUAUUGAGUUAAUGCGCAGAUAAAAAUUAUUUAGCUGUGCAGUUUUCAAAAAUAUAUCUAUGUACAUAGUUUUUUAUACUUCACAUUAAUAGUAAACACUUGUAAAAAGUCAACUUCAAUUUAGCACCAAUUAAACCACAUAUUUUUCAACGUUCUGUACAAGAAUUUAAAUAUUUCUUAAUACUUGAUACUGCAAACAUCUUUAAGAAUUUCAAGGCAAGUUAUUCAACCAAUCUAACCAAACAUUUAGAAGCAGAAAACUGCUCUGUGAUACGAGUAUUCAACAGUGAGAUGGUUGUUUAUUGGGAAUAUUUAAUUCCAUUUGUAUGCAAAAUAUUACAAAGAUGUGUUUUAUAUAUAAAACUCAUUCGAUUGUAAAAAUAUAUCUAUUGUAUUCUUCAAUAUAUAUAUUAUGAAUUAUUUUAAGCAUUACUAAUCUCUAAUUAUCCGAUUAACAGCUGUCUCAUUUAUUUUAUUUACUUCAUGAUUAUAGUAAUUAAUUUUUGUAUAGCUAAAAAUACUCUAGUAUUUGACAAUUAUUAAAAUUUAGAAGACACACGUUAGUAACAUAUGAGAAAAGCGAUUGUAGAAAUUGUUAACAUCAUCGUAUGAAAGACAAAUGCCGUCUAAAACAAGAGUGAGAUCAUACAUUUAACAUUUCAUAAGAAUAAAUAGCAGUUUUCUCAUAUUGAGAAAAGAAGCAAUUAAUUGUCUUAAUUAUGACAUAUUACUACAAAUACACAAUAUUAUAAUAUAUACUGUCGUUAACAAAGCUUUCAUUAUAUAGAAAUUUUGAAAUACAGUACAAGCUACAGGUUGUUUAAUUUCAUUACUAUAUAAGUCAUGUGAAUCUAAUACAUGUGUCUGCAUUUAAGCUUCUUAUAUGAUUAGAUAUUAAUCAAACAAUUUCAAAAAUUAACAAGUUUAAAAAUGUUUGUUUUAAAUUGGUUAUUUUUAAUUGAUUAGCAUAGCAAGCACGAAAUGUUCAUGUAUAAGAUUGUUAAUUAACAUAAGGACUGAGAGUAAUGUAAAAUAAAUUUAUCAAACUUUCUUUUAUGAGAUGUCAAAAAAGAACUAUGUACUGUAAUAUACAAUUUCCUAUCCUGUUUAUCCGAUUUUAUUAAUUAAAAUUACGGUAUAAUACAAUGAGAUUAUAAAACAAAUUAUGUACAUGCUAUAUUAGUUCGAAUAAAUGAGCAGUAACUUUUCUACA